AUGGGCAUUGGAUAUGCGCUGAAAUUGAAGAAGUUGACUUCUAAAUUUAUUGGUCCAUAUCAGAUUUCUCAAAGAAUUGGAGUUGUUGCUUAUAGAGUGGCCUUACCACCCGAUCUUUCGAAUUUACAUGACGUGUUCCAUGUAUCACAACUUCAGAAGUAUAUUCGCGAUCCAUCUCAUGUGAUUAAGAUGGAUGAUGUGCAAGUGAGGGACAACAUUACGGUAGAAGCAUUGCCCGUGAGAAUUGAGGAUCAGAAAUUGAAGAAAUUGAGAGGCAAAGAGAUUGCUCUAGUUAAAGUUGUUUGGGGAGGAGUAACUGGAGGAAAUAUUACUUAG